GUUUAGUGUAAUUUUGGUGUUUCAUUUUAAUUUUUGAAGGCAUUUUUGCAUUAGAAAGUGCAAAAGCUGGUGAUUCACACACCGCAUGCGCUCAAAUCGUCGCUUUAUUGGUUGUGAUUCAUAAUGGUUUUAUCUAUUAUGAUUUUGUUCCUUCUGUUGAAUAUAUCCGUGUAGAAGGUGGUUGAUCCUGUUUUCAUUUGUGAAACUGAAAAUGCAAAGUAUACAAUGUAAAAAGUGUUGGUGAAGUACCAGGAGAAAUCGUCUGUGAUUUAUUUGUAAAGUACCAAUCGAAUAACCGGCUUGGAAUGUGAAGAAAUCAACAAGAUCAGCGUUAGAUGCCGUUACACUCGUGUAAAGGAAUGGAACAGUGCACGAGUGCGAGUUCUUUGUGUCUUUAAAGAAAAAAUUCGUGAUGAGAAGUGCCUUCAUGAAACGAUAAUGAUAAAAAGUGCAAUUUAUAAAUCCUAUUUUGUUGUGUUUACGUGUUCAUAUAAUCGAGAUAAUCAACGAAUCGUUACUAGAAGUUAAAGUGUGAUAAUUCGGUAAAAUGGGCCGUUUUAGGCUGUUGUUAUGGUGGUGUCUCUUUUAUUUACCACUCGAUCUGCAAUGUACUGUUAGUGCUCAAGAAAAUAAUACCCCAUCAUUUACACAAAGUGGCAUAAUAAUGGACAAUAAUAUAGAUCAAAACGCACGUUUGUCUCAGUAUCAAGAAAACCAUAAACCCAUGUUCAAAGACUGUCAGAAGUACAAUCCUGUUGUAAAAGAAGAACAACUGAGUCAAACAUUUGUUAUAAGAGUUCAAGCUGUUGAUGAAGAUCCUCCAGAUAGAGAAGGUGGACGAAUCACGUACACUAUUGAAGAACCACCAGGGACUCGACCUUUUUUUAGAAUAAAUAGCACAACAGGAGAAAUAACGACUGCAAUACCGUUCGACAGAGACGAACCAAGUAGACAAAAAGAAAUUUAUUUAACAGUCCGUGCUGAAGAUGAUGGGCGACCUGAAUUGGCUGAUAUAUGCACAAUUAAAGUCACAGUAYAAGAUAUUAAUGAUAAUUCACCAAGUUUUGAUCAACACGAUUACUCCAGCAAUSUUUCUGAAGAUCUUCCCGAAAAUAGUGAAGUUUUAAGGGUGUUUGCUUAUGACUUGGACACACUUGAAAAUGCCAAAUUGACAUACAGAUUUAUUAAUACUGGAAAUGACCAUUUUGAAGAUUAUUUUAGAAUUGAUCCUYACACUGGUGUCAUUUAUUUAAAACAGCAAUUACUUGGGAAACAGGGCAAAAGAUUUACGUCAACCGUUGAGGUCUCAGAUAAUGGAAAAGAAAAGAACACAGCAAGAGCUGAUGUUGUAUUUACAGUUGUCGAUUCAAAUAAGAGGCCGCCAACAAUAGAAGUAGUAGGUGGUAACAAAGUAAUAAAAUUGAAAGAAGAUCAACAAGACUUUGAGACACCUAUAGUCUCACUUAGAGUACAAUCGAAUAUAAAUGAUCCAAGUGUUGUCUUCGAGUUAGUCAAAGGAAAAACUACUCAAACGAACAAGGAUCAGACAUUUAUUUUAAGUCCAUCGGAUUCAACAUCAGCAAUAAUCACACUGGCACGACCUUUAGACUAUGAAACCGUUGAAGAAUAUCAACUUACAGUUCGUGCUCAAAAUAAGGAUUUAUUAUAUGCAUCUGUGACAAUAAAUGUGAAAGUCGAGGAUGUCAAUGAUGAAAUUCCGACAUUUAUCGAACUGUUAAGAGGAAGUAUCGUAGAAAAUGAUAAAGUUGGCGCUCAAGCAAUGACAGUUAGAGCAAUUGACAAAGAUGGAACUUCUCCCAAUAAUCUUGUCGUUUAUGAAUUGCUCGAUCAUAAGGAUUUAUUCGAAAUUGACAGUAGUUCAGGUGUAAUUACUGCAAAAGUCCCUUUUGAUAGAGAAAAAGAAAAGCUUUAUCACGUGACUGUGCAAGCACGUGAUUCUGCACCCAGUGCUCUCUUCGCUUCAAAAAAUAAGCCUAACGAAGCUAAUCAGAAGUUCCAAAUAAGUAUCGAAGAUCAAAAUGACAAUCAACCGAGGUUUACUAAAACUUUAUAUCAAGUGUAUAACAUAUCGGAAAACGCUGAUUCCCAGAAAGAUGUUACUGAAGUAAAAGCUUUAGAUGCAGAUACAGCUUCUCGUAUAGAAUAUAGCAUAAUAGAGGGUAAUAUAAAUGAUGCUUUUCUCAUCGAACCUACGACAGGAAGAAUUAAAGUCAAGAAUAAGCUCGAUUAUGAGACAAUUGAAAACUACAAUUUAACGGUGCAAGCCAAUGAUGGAAUAUAUAAAGAUACAGCAAAAGUAUUUAUUCAGAUUUCAAAUGAGAACGAUGAAAUUCCAGUUUUUAAUAAAUAUAACAAAGACAUUGAAUUUGAAGAGGAACAAGUUAGUUCAGAUUGUAUCGUCACUUUGACUGCCUAUGAUCCCGACAUAAAAGAUAGAAAUGCAGAUCAGAGAAUUGUUUAUCGAGUAGACAAGUCAUUUGUCUCUGUUGGAAAAAAUGGCUGCGUAAGAGUUGUCAAACCACUCGAUCGUGAUCCUCCAAAUGGCUCAACUAGUCGUCAAGCAUACAUAUAUGCAUAUGACUAUGAUGGAGGACCUAAUUCUUUAUCUAAUCACGCUGAAAUCAACCUCAUUCUUAUAGAUAUUAAUGAUAACGCUCCAUAUUUAGAACAAACGGAAGUUGUGUGGUACGAAAAUCAAGUUCCAGAUGAUGUAACUCCGAUUAUAAGUUUGACUGCUAAGGAUAACGAUGGUCCUAGUAACGGUGAACCUUUUAAGUUUGAAAUAUUUUCUGACGAAAUGAAAGAGAAAUUUGAAAUUAGAAAUCAGAAAUUGUUUGCGAAAGAAAUCUUUGAUAGAGAGCAGCAAAAAUAUUACAACGUUCCUAUUAAAAUUACAGACAGCGGUGAACCUCCACAGUCUGACACUAGUAUUUUGAAAGUUAUUAUUGGGGAUGUUAACGAUAAUGCGGCUCAAGAUGGUUCUAGUGAAAUAUUUGUGUACAAAUAUGAGGGUAUUAAAGUAGAUACUGAAAUCGGAAGGGUAUAUGUAACGGAUCCAGAUGAUUGGGAUUUACCCGACAAGAUAUUUGAACCUGAUGGUUACUUGGAUAGUAACUUUAUUGUUAACUCAAUCGGGGGAAUGAUUACGAUGAAGAAAGAUAUAGUUCCUAACGUCUAUAAACUAAAUUUCGUAGUAAGGGAAGAGAUAAAUCAUACUAUCAAUACAGUGCAUGCAGAUGUGACAGUUACUGUUAAGGAAAUACCAGAAGAAGCUGUUCGUAAGUCGGGUUCAAUACGACUUAAAGGAAUUACAUCAGAAGAAUUUAUUUCAAGAAAUGAUAUGACUCCAAGUAAAAAAGACUUGCUUCAAAAACGCCUUUCUGAAAUUUUUAAUACUUCUAUUGACAACGUAGAUGUUUUUACCGUGAUGCCAUCGCGCAACUCCAGUUUUAUAGACGUCCGUUUUUCCGCUCAUGGUUCACCAUACUAUCCACUUGAGAAGUUAAACAAUAAAGUGACUGCAGAACAAGAAAUGUUGGAACGAGAACUUGGAGGCGAAUUUGUCAUGAUCAGCAUAAACGAAUGUUUACAACCUGAUGUUUGUUUGAAUGGUUCAUGUACAAAUAUUUUACAAAUUAAAGAUGAACCCGCUGUUGUUUUUACAAACAAGACAUCUUUUGUUGGCGUUAAAGCUGUGGCUGAAGCCGUCUGCGAAUGUAGAAAACAUAUGACGAACGAGUGUUUCAAUGGCGGAACGCCAAUUGAACAUGGAAUUUGUAAUUGUCCUGAAGGAUUUACUGGACCGAAUUGUGAAAGUUUGGGGAUUAGUUUCGCCGGAGAUGGAUGGGCGAUGUACCCGACGUUUGAUUCUUGUAAUAACACUGUUAUUUCAUUCAAUGUUCUUCCACAAAUAGACGAUGGACUUAUCUUUUAUGUGGGGCCUCUCAGUAAACGACAAGCAGAAUUUAAUAAAGAUUUUAUGUCUGUCGAAAUGCGAGGUGGUUUUGUUGUGCUUAAAGUGGAUUUUGGCGACUACACGGAGGAGUUUAUUUCAGACUACAAAAAAAUUAACGAUGGUGGAAGCCAUAAAAUCAAAAUUAAUUACACAAAUGUGGAAGUACAAAUUGAAGUGGAUGAGUGUCCCAGUGAUUGCAUAAAAUGGGCAAGCUUCAAAAAAGGUGGCUUAUUGAAAACAAAUGGGCCUUUGCAAAUUGGUGGCCGAUCCAAUAUAUUUACAGAAGAAGAGUCGAAAAUGGUCUGGUCGAACCCACCGUCCUCUGUAGGCUUUAGAGGCUGUAUAACAAACUUUACAUAUAACUCGUACGUUUAUAAUCUUGGUGCUCCUUCUGAUAAGUACCAUGCUCACGAAGGAACGUGUGAUUAUGGUAUGUUUCAAGCUGCAAAGUUCGGUAUCGAUUCGAAUUUUUUGGUCGCCAUUUUGGUCUGCUUAGCGAUUUUGUUGAUUCUUUUACUGGCGGUAGUCGUACAUAAGAGGAAACAAGACAAUUUCAAUGAAAAAGAUUUGGACGAUACUAGAGAAAAUAUAAUCAAUUAUGAAGAUGAAGGUGGCGGCGAAUGUGACACCAACUUUGAUUUGUCUGUGUUGCGAGAUAAUAUUGACGAAAAACCACCAAUGACCGACAAUAUAUAUAAGGCUGAAGUGCCUGCUGACAUUGGUAGUUUCUUAGAUGAUAAAAAACGUGCUUGUGAUAAAGACACUUUGCCUUGUGAUGAUGUGCGCCAUUAUGGCUACGAGGGAGACGGCAAUAGUUCAGGGUCACUUUCCUCACUUGCUUCUUGUACAGACGAGGGUGACUUGAAAUUUAACUAUUUGUCGAGUUUCGGACCUCGUUUUCGUAAACUGGCCGACAUGUAUGGAGACGAUGCUAGCGAGGAAGGAAGCCAAAAUGGAGCAGAAGAAUCGUGGUGCUGAGUUUUUAAUUUUAAGGAGAAAGUUUAAUUUUUAAAUCUAUUGUAUUUUGCUCUGUUUUCCAAGCACUCGUAGUUUCUGGUGUUCAUAGUCAAGUAAAAAAACUACUGACUGUGCGGCAGCUAAUUUUUCUUUUGUUUGAUUGAUUCACCUGGAACUAUGGCGUAAUUUGUACUUAAAUAAUGUUUGACCAAAGAGAAGCAUAUAUUUUUGGAUGAAAAUUACUUUGUAAACCAUAGAAUCACUUUAACGUUGUGAGUUGUGGUAGCUGGGACGUUUUGUUAUAUUGUUUUAAUAACAAAUACGAAGUAGGUUUAGUGUUUAUAAUGUGAUUUAAUCAAUAGUGUGCUAUUUGUUUGUUUAAAAUUUCCAAAUUUUGAGGUUUAAUUUCUUAGUAUAUAUUUAUUUUACAAUUUUGAUAAAAGUAAUUAGACUGUAGGAAUAAUAAAUAUGUGCAUUUACUGAAGUGUACAUGCAGCUUUUUUAUUUAUGAUCAUUUCAGUGAUAAAGAAUGAACAAGUAGGCUAACAAUAAUUUUUUUGUAGCAUAGUUGGUUUUAAUAUAGUUAUAAUUUUUAUGAUGGCACAAGGAUACAGAAUUUAAUUAAGUGACUUCUAAUGGCCUAUAAAAGUGUGCCUUCAUAGAGUUAUAGAAAUGAGUGUUACUAUUUUUUUAUUUAGAGUUUUUUUUUAUGAAUUCCACUUUACUUCCAAUGUGUGUAAAUGAUAACGCAGUGUUUAAAUAAUAGCAACAAAUUUAGUACUUAAUACAAUGUGACCAAAGAUAAUCAAUUUGGACGGAACUGCAGCGAAUAAGAUGACUGAGAUUUGUAUUAGUUUGCAUUUAAAUUGCCAUCAGUAUGUUAAAACGCAUUUAUAUAGUGUUAAUAUUUUAUUAUUCGCAUAUUACAUGAAAUUAUAAAUUUUAUUAGAUUUUUAGGUAGUCUCUUUCUUAUUCAACAUUCAUACCAUUCUGUGCCACAUACGUGUAUUUUUUUGCAGCAUAACUUUAGGUGUUAUUAAAUUAUGUAUUAAGUUAAUUUAAUUCACUUCAGAAGACAUUCCUUUUUUGUGAUUAUGAUAGUGAACAGUUCAUAUAUACGUUUUUUGUAAGACGAUCUCGUUUGGUGUCUGUUAGUAUUUUCAAAAGAGAAAAGAAAUUAUUUAAAGUAUUAUAUUGUAUUCUAAACAUAGUUUUUAUUCAUCAUUGUCUUUUCUAAAUAAUUAUUAUAAAGUUGUGCCUAUGUUAUUUAUAUUUUUAUGACCUAUUGUUUUUGUACCUAAACAAUUAUAAAAGAAUGUUGCUCACUGCCGACUUUAUUGUAACAGUAACGCUAUCUUGUAAUAAAUAAAGGCUAUUUAAGUAGUCUA